AUGUUUUUCUAUAACUGUAAAUUGUUUGGCAUGAGGGGCCAUGACGAACACCAUGCGCUUGAGUGUGAUCAGUUCAUUAUUGGAGAAGACUCUAAAGCAAAGUACGUCGAGUUUGUGGGAAGAACUUCGAAGACAUUUAAAGGAGGACUCGCGCAGCGAGAGAUCGACAUAAAGAAUAUCAGACACUACAGUAACCAAGGUGAACGCUGCAUAGUCGAUUUGUAUGAGAAGUACCUGCAGGCCCUAGUCUCUGGGAAAUUCUACAGGCGCGCAUUACCUGGCACACCUCCGUGGUUUGGGAACCAACCGGUAGGAGUUAAUAAACUGAGAAAUCUUAUGAAAAUUAUUUGUGCACGCGCGGGAUUAAGUGGAAAUUAUACCAAUCAUUCGGGAAAACGCACAUGCGCAACACAACUCUACAUCGCCGGGGUUGAUGAGCAGGAGAUCAUGAACAGAACUGGACAUAGGUCAGAAAAGGCUGUGAGAAAAUACAAGUCAGCUGACGAAUCGGUGUUACGCAAAGUAUCCUCAGUGUUAGAUCCUCCACAGAAAAGAAAAUGUCCCGAAAACAAAACUCACCAAGACGAGCCCACUGCCAAACGUGCUACAGUGCCUCUCAGUGAUAUAAGUAAUCUCCCGACAGGAAGUCUUUUUAACAACUGUCAAGUUACUUUUAAUGUCGGAAACAAGUGACCUUUUAAACGAUUUUUGAAGACGUGGCAUAGUGACA